GUAACCACGGAGAGAUAAGGAAACAUCCGUUUUCUCAUUGUGUCUGAAUAACAUCUUUGCUUGAGGUUCAUUUCACCAAUCACCCACCUUCCAGGAAUAAUCUAAAGGAACAACUUGCAAGGCAUUUUAACGCCGCUCAGAGCAAGUUGACCAUGGCUGGAAAAAUGGCCGGAAACCCUGCUGGCAAGUGCCGCGACUUCGACCACUCUCCAGAGAAGUUGAGGGCAACAUUAAACAACAUUUUUCGUCUUCAGGAUUUUCGGGUCAAUCAACUUGAAGCAAUUAAGGCCACAAUUUUGAAGAAAAAUGUCUUGGUUGUUGGUGAUAAUGGUGCUGGUAAAAGCCUGUGCUACCAGCUACCAGCCUGCUUGUCUGCUGGAGUCACUGUGGUGAUCUCUCCACUCAUCUCCCUCAUCCAGGACCAGAUGCAGAAACUCACUGAACUGGGUAUUGUGGCCAGGACUCUCUCGGGUGAUAUAGGUCCCAGUGAUGCAGAUAGUAUCUACCAACAGUUGUCUGAAAAGGAUCCGAUUAUCAAACUGCUCUACGUCACCCCCGAGAAGAGGAGAAUGAAUCGUCAAUUGAUCGAGGCUCUGCAGGACCUGUUUGCCAAUGGUCUUCUGGCUCGGUUUGUUAUCGAUGAGGCCCACUGCAUCAGUCAGUGCGACUUCCGGCCGGCCUACGGGAUAUUGAAUGAGCUGCAGCAGGACUUUCCGGGGGUGCCCAUGAUUGCUCUGUCAGCCCCCAUCGGGCCCCUCAUCCAGGAGGACAUCCUCAAUCAGCUGCAGAUGACCAACCCUCAGGUGUUCACCAUGACCUUAAACCGAACAAAUCUAAAGUAUGCCGUGCCAACCAGGACAACAAGGUUUGGGGAAAUGGACUGCAUUACCUGGAUCAAGGAGCACUAUCCACAUGACUCGGGCAUCGUGUACUGCUGGAGACGAGACGACUGUGACAACAUGGCAGACAGCCUGAAGGAGGCAGGCCUGCUGGCAUGUUCGUAUCACGCAGGGAUGCCUUACAGAGACAGAGAGAUUGCGCAGAACAAGUGGAAUGGAAAUGAAUGCCAGGUCAUCUGUGCCACCAGCGCAGCCUUUGGUAUGGGCAUCCACAAGCCGGACGUGCGGUACGUGAUCCACACCUUUCUGCCCAAGUCCAUGGAACACUACCACCGGGAAACAGGGCGGGCCGGCAGGGACGGGAACAUGUCCCACUGCAUCCUCUUUUAUUCCGACAGCGACCAUGGUGUCCUCGGACGUGCCAUCAGAAACGAUGAAUCUGUGGUUGAAAAAUCCAAGGAUGGGGAAUUAGUUGACCUAGAACCCAUGGUGGAAUACUGCUGGAAUAUGAAGGACUGCAGAAGAAUACAGCUGCUUACUUACUUUGCUGGGGUCGACACUGAAGCCAACUUAUGCGAGGAAAACGCAGAAGCCAUCUGUGACAACUGCGAAAGCGCCAACCUGGCAUGGCUCGGCUCAGGGUGGACUGGCACACUCCUGACCGAUCGGCCAGCUCCCGCUGGAAGGCCCCUGUUGCCAGGAACCCCAGCGUGGUCAGCACCUGUGUGGGCACGGACAACCCCUGGCUCCUGGCUGUGUGGCGCUCUAGGGCCGGCCGCAGCUCUGCGCACAGCUCCAGUACUGGCCUGGGGAAACGAAAUCGGCUCAUGAGCCAAUCAUCAUCAU